AUGUGGGCGUCUUAUACUCCUACGCUUCAGUCCUGCGCGGUUGUGCGACACACCAAUCACGUUGUCAGCACGUUGGCCAGUUGGCUUCAAACUCGCAGACCGGGACUGUAUCGCGUUGCUCGUAAUCUUUAUUUACGAAACAGAAUUGCACCACACGAUUUCGUCAUGAUUUCAAAUUCAAUCAAAUUACUAGUAUUACAUUUUGGUCUUGUACUGGCAUUUGGAAAUUGGGGCGUACAGGCCAGUUGGGACGAGUGGUGGACAUACGACGGAAUAUCAGGGCCAAAAUAUUGGGGCGUUUUGAACCCGCUGUGGAAGUUAUGCUCGAUUGGCAAACGACAAUCUCCGAUUGACAUUGAUCCGGAUAAACUGCUGUUCGAUCCAUUUUUGAAAAAUCUUCACAUCGAUAAAGACAAAGUCAGUGGAACAAUCGAAAACACUGGACAGUCUUUGGUGUUCAGAGUGGAUAAAGAGUCGAAAUACGUUUUGAACAUCACCGAAGGUCCUUUGACUUAUCGCUAUCAAUUCCAAGAGUUCUACAUACACUUCGGCACCGAUAACAAUCUCGGGUCCGAACAUAAAAUCCAGGGUUACUCGUUUCCGGCUGAAAUUCAGCUUUAUGGUUACAACACUGAUCUUUAUUCAAAUAUGUCGGAAGCCCAAAUGAAAUCCCAAGGAAUUGUCGGUGUAUCACUUAUGGUCCAAAUUGGACAGACAACGAAUUCAGAAUUCCAAAUGGUCACCAACGAGUUCGGAAAACUUUUGUACAAAGGUUCUCUCCGUACGAUAAAGGACAUAUCCAUCAGGGAGAUGCUCCCGGACAUCAAAUACUACAUGACGUACGAAGGAUCGACCACUCAUCCCGGCUGCUGGGAGACGACCGUGUGGAUAGUGCUGAACAAACCCAUUUACAUAACCAGACGCGAGAUGUACCACUUAAGGAAAUUAUCUCAAGGUUCGGUGGAACACCCGAAAGCUCCACUGGGAAACAACUCGAGGCCGACACAGGACCUACGCGAGCGGACUGUCAGGACGAAUAUUAAUUUCGCGCAGAGAACCGAAGCCGAUCCACAGGGUAAGACUUGCAAGCUGAACAUGCACAAAAACAUGUACUACAAAGCCAACGAUUGGACAUCGGAUUCGUUGUACCAGAUAUAA